ACUGUGGAUGAUCACGCUAGCUUAUCAAUCACCUGUCGAUUAUCGGCAGCUAUUCAAUCGACUAUUCAUUUUUAUAAUGCGUUGUGUACAACACAGUAAUUACGUAAUAUUUUUUUCCCGAUGAUGAUUAAUUAUGUAAUGUUUUUCCCAGUGUUGCCGACAUUAAGUACUUUUCACGUUUCACGCGAACUUUUGACUAUCUUACCUUAACCUUCAGCUUCUUAUGUAUCGAAGCAAGCGUUAAUUAAAAAAAAAAAAGAAGUACAUAACCUUUACGUUCAAAAUUCCUGCAGCUUAUAUCGUAUUAAUACGAUACGAUUUAUCGUGCACCUGCGUGCGAUAAGAGCCCGCUACGCGCGAUAAGGAAUCUUCCAUGAAAAAUAUAAAACGAAUUGAUGUAUUUUGAAAUGACUUUAUUAAUCCUAUAUCUGUAGAAACGAUGGUGGCACAUACAGUACUUCUGGACUUCACGGUGUCCAGUAGCGUAAUCGCCGAUAUGGAAAAGCGAUCGAGCUUGAAGUCGGCGAUUGGGAACGUAUUGGCGGAAUAUUUCAUCGGUCUCAAGCCAUUGACAGAAUCUAAUAUCGAUGGCAGUUUGCUCGUUUUGUAUACUGGACCUAGGGGCAGUCUAAUCACUGUCAGAGGAUAUACGGAAGGUCUGAUUACGUUAAACAUCGAAUAUUACAAGCAGGACGACCAGGAAGCACUGUUAACCUUCGAGUUUGCCAAAGAAUUGGAAGCGGCAUUGCAGACAGCAGCAACCGCUACACGGUCGCACACGCUUACCCCAAUUAAACGCGGUGGACCUUUUGAGAGAUACUUUCCUACCGCUGACGAACGACUACUGGAAUACGACAUCGACAAACUUGUGUUCGAGGCUAGAUCACCGUAUCAGAAGGUACAAAUUGUGCAUUCCAAGUCGCUGGGCAAUCUGCUAGUGCUUGAUGAGCUACAAAAUAUGUCCGAAGCAGAUCUUAUAUAUACAGAAACAUUAAUGCAGCGUGGCAAAGAAAACUACGCUGGUAAGGAAAUAGUUAUACUUGGCGGUGGCGAUGGCGGCCUAUUAUGGGAGUUGUUGAAGGAAAAGCCAAAGUUUGUCACAAUGCUGGAAAUAGAUGACGUUGUCAUGAAAGCUUGUAGUCAGCAUAUGCGAAGCAUAUGUGGCGAUUGCCUAGACAAGAGAAAGGGCGAUAAUUAUGAAAUUAUUGUCGGAGAUUGCGUGAAAGCAUUAGCGCAUAUGAUUGAGGAAGGACGACAGUUCGAUUACGUCUUUGGCGAUUUGACGGAUAUUCCUAUUAGCACAACGCCACAUGGUGAUGCCUGGGACUUUAUUAGAUUAAUCUUGAACUCCUCAAUGAAAGUGUUGAAACCUUCUGGAAAGUAUAUGACGCAUGGAAAUGGCGCAUCUUGUCCAGAAUCCUUGAAAAUGUAUGAAGAGGUUUUAUUACAAUUGUGCGUGCCGGUCACGUUCACAAAGGAUCGCGCCUUUGUCCCAUCCUUUUUCGAAGACUGGAUCUUCUAUCAAGUCUCGCUGAAAUGAUGGAGCAAAGGAUAUUCAGGCAGAACUUGGAGGAUCAUAACAAAGUGGCCUCCUCACAAUCGAUUGUCUCUUUUAUGACACAAGCUUUAUUCCUUAGUUGUAGCCUUAUUAAUUAAUGAAAUUAGUUCCUGACUGAGAGGUAAAUCAAACUAUUAUUGAUUAAUUCAUCUUGUAACACAUUAAUUGUGGUAUUUUCUCUAUUCUCUCUCGUCAGAUUUUUGGGAGAAUUUUUUUACAUUUUUAUCAAUGUAAAAUGGCAGCACUGGAAAAUGAGUUCAAAACAAUAAAUAUGUGAUAAUAAAAAGCAAAUAUAGCAGUUUUACACUAAUUUGUAAUAAUUAUACUUUUUUUUUAUAAACUUUUUUUUUUACAAAUACAAGUUUUUUUUCUCUCUUCCAUUGCUGCCUCAAUCAUAUUGAUGUAAAUUGUUUUAGUUCAAUCGCUGGUCGAAAUAUUCAAUGGUGCUGAUAUUUUUACAAAAAUAUGUAGUGAAAGAACUAGUACCACAAAAGAUGUAAUUCUUUUUUAAACUUUUUUUAUUUAGUCGCUAAAAAUAAGAUCAUUGUUCAUUGUUAAUCCUUUAUAUUCAACAUAUGAUUCUUGAAUAUUUAAAAUGUAAAUGGUUUUGCAUUUUAUUGUUCGCUUUUUUUUCUUUUUAAUACUCUUAAUAAAAGGAUUAACAGCAGUGACAGAUGC